AUAUGGAGAUGUGUUUCAGAAUAUCUCUGAUGUUUCUGCUCAUGACUGCUGAUGUUGAUGGUCAGCAGGGUUGGGGAGUGAAUUACAGCCCUUCAUAUGUUUGUGCAUUAAGAGGAUCAACAGUGAAAAUAACCUGUACUAUAAAAUAUCCUUAUGGCCAUGUGGUGAAUAAAGUCUUCUGGACAAAUACACCUUAUGGAGAACCACCUGACCUGUGUUUGGACCCAGAAAACAGAAGAGGUGUUCAGUGUCACAGUGAAAAUAAAGACACUUACAGCAUCACUUUGACAGAUGUGACAGAAGCUGAUAAACACAUCUACUACUGCAGAUUUAUAACAGACCAAGAAGGUGGUAAAUAUACAGGAGUUCCUGGAGUUCAGCUUGAUGUCACAGACCUGCAGGUGGAGACAAAUCAGAGAGUGAAAGAGGGAGAUUCAGUGACUCUUACAUGUAAAACCACCUGCAGUCUGACUGAAGAAACAACAUUCAUCUGGUACAGAAACACACAGAUAUUCACUAAAGGAAUAAAAACAUUGAAUCAACUUCACCUGCAGUCAGUCAGUCGUGAUGAUUCAGGAGUUUAUAGAUGUGAUGCUGUAAGAGGAUCUGAACGUCUUCUGUCCUCUUCUCUUUAUCUUAAUGUUGAGUAUCCUCCUGAGAAAACUUCAGUGUCCAUCAGUAGAUCUGGUGAAAUAAUGGAGGGUGAUUCAGUGACUCUGACCUGCAGCAGUGAAUCAAAUCCACCUGUUCAGAUCUACAGCUGGUUUAAAGGAGAAAAGUUGAUAAGAUAUGGACAGAUCUACAGCAUCACGAGUAUCAGAUCAGAUCAGAGUGGAAAAUACAAGUGCAAGUCCAGAAAUAAACACGGAGAGGAAGAUUCAGAUGCUGUGAUGCUGAAUGUGAUGUAUGCACCAAGAAAUGUUGUGGCGUCCAUCAGUGGAUCUGGUGAAAUAAUGGAGGGUGAUUCAGUGAAUCUGACCUGCAGCAGUGAAUCAAAUCCACCUGUUCAAGAGUACACCUGGUUUAAAGGAGAGAUUAUAAGAUCUGGACAGAUCUACAGCAUCACGAGUAUCAGAUCAGAUCACAGUGGUGAAUACAAGUGCAAGUCCAGAAAUAAACAUGGAGAGAAAGAUUCAGAUGCUGUGAUGCUGAAUGUGAUGUAUGCACCAAGAAAUGUUGUGGCGUCCAUCAGUGGAUCUGGUGAAAUAAUGGAGGGUGAUUCAGUGAAUCUGACCUGCAGCAGUGAAUCAAAUCCACCUGUUCAGAUCUACAGCUGGUUUAAAGUGAAUGAAACAUCAUCUGUUGGAUCUGGACAGACGUACAGCAUCACUAACUUUAACUCCAGUCACAGUGGAUGGUUUUACUGUGAGGCUCAGAAUGAAGUCGGAUCUCAGAGAUCUGAUGCUGUAUCAGUCACAGUAACAGGGGUUCAUGGUUUUGCUCUUUAUACACUUUAUGGGAUUCUGGCUGGAUGUGGGGCUUUGAUCUUUAUCAUCAUCUUCAUCAUUUUGUUUAUGUUGAAGUGCAGGAGAGAUCGUACAGCAGAAGACAUCAAGCAGAAGCAGACGGCUGACUUGAGUGAUGAUACAUACACAGCUCUGAAUCCUGAGUCCAGAACAUCUGAUGACAUUUACAACACAAUCAGAUCUGAUCAGUGCAGGGCUGCUGAUGGCGUCUACACGACUCUUGAGCUUCAGUCCAGAUCUUCUGAAUAUGACACACUUACAGUAAACAGACAUUAAACUCUGACAGACUCUGACAGACGGCACUGUAUACCAAUGUAAUGUUGUGAUGUGUUGUUUAUUAUUACUAAUAAACUGAAAUGUAUAAAGCUGUUACGUUAAGAUUUACACAUAGUUAAACCUUUAAUUACAUUAAAAAAUAUUUUUGUCAUCAUAAUGAGCACAUUUAUGUGUUAUAAUUCUCAUCUGUAUUCCUGGAGAGACUUCUCGCUCUCUGAAGUUCACACAGAUGCUGAUAGUCAUUAAAGAUGAUUGACUGAGAUGAUUUUUCAGUAUAUUGAGAGUCUGUCACACCUUCAGUACAGUAGAGGUUAAAUGUGAUCUUCUGAUUGGUCAGUUUGAGUCACAUGAUCAAUGAUUAUUCAUAUAUCUUAAUUGUAAAAAAUUUAUUCUACAUGUUAAAGCAACACUAUGUAGUUUCCAUGUAAAAAUGACUUACAGCUCCCUCAUGUGGUUGAAAAGCGCAACAGUGCCUAAUAUCAGGCACUCUUCUCCAGGCAGGGGUUGGGGCGGGGCUGUGUUUCCUACCCUCCACCGCCACUUUCAGAGUGUGCUUGUAGCAGCUAGGAGGCUGCUCAGGUUGCAGCAACAGUACAAUUUGUCCAGUUAAGUUGUUCUAUCACUGAAAUAAUUUUAGAGACAUUAUUUAAAGGUAAAAAACUACAUAGUGUUG